AUGGCGUUCCGCUGCGUUGGGAGCCCGCUGGACGAGAUGAAGCGGCUGGAGAAGAUGCGGGAGCAGGAUCCAGAGUCUGCCGCCAACCUCGUGGCCAACGGGAAGCUGCUCGUCGAUUUCGUGCACGAGGGGAAUUUACGCGCUCUGCAGUGUGCAGCGGAGCACCUCGAGGAGGGGCAGACCCUCAUCUUCUACGCCGUGCGGAUGUUCCGGGAGGCCUGCGCUUCAAAGCGACUCGACAUCCUGCGCUUCUUGCUGCUCAACGGCUUCGAUCUGCAGCAGAGCUACAUGAGAGACGUCCUGCACGGGGUCAUUGAGAGCAUCGACAGCCCUCAAAGCGCAGACGCAGUACAGCCGCUUAUUAGGUUUCUGCUGGAUGCUGGAGUCGAUGUCAACUGGCAGAGGAAGUCGGACCUGUACACCGCUCUACACGUGGCUUGCUGCAACAACCUGUACCCCAUCGCGUACCUGCUCGUCCUGUUUGGUGCCGACGUGAACGCCAUCGCUGCGGAUGAUGCUAUGCCGCUUGCCUGCGCGAAUAUUAUCGGGCGCGCAAGUGCCUUGUCGGAAGCCGAGCAGACCCAGAAGGAAUUGCUCGUGUCGUUUCUGCUGGAAAACCAAGCGCGGGCAACCGUGGAGGCUGCAGCAGACCAAGUCAAACGGCCGAUCUUGAGCUUCUCCAGCAGCUUUGGGAUUCACUGCAGUAUUGAUGAGUCAGCGGAGAACCAGCACCACGAAGGCAUCAUGUUCGACACGUCCGACUCUCCUGAAUGCCUGUAG